UCCUCUCAAUUGGUCGUCCAGUUAAGACGCCGUUAACUUCCCCCCAAAAAAACCUUGCACUCCAACUAAAGUCACUUUCCCCAAUCUCACUCCUCCGAUUAUAUUCACCUUGCUUUUCCUUCUGCAAUUUGAUGAAAUUGAACCAGUAGCCCUCUCUCUGUCGGCAGCAAUGGCGGAUCGGUAUACGAAAUGGAUGAAGGAAGAGUUCAAAACAUAUGCCUACAUUCUCAUCUACAUCGCCCUCUCCAGCGGCCAGAUAUUCUUUAACAAGUGGGUUUUAUCAUCAAAGGAAAUGAAUUUCCCUUAUCCUCUUGGAUUAACGCUGCUUCACAUGAUAUUCUCAUCGGUUCUAUGUUUUGUGGUUACCAAAGUUCUCAAGAUCAUGAAAGUUGAGGAAGGAAUGACUUUGGAUAUAUACAUAUGGUCUGUUGUCCCAAUUGGUGGGAUGUUUGCUAUGACACUUUGGCUUGGGAACACUGCUUACCUCUACAUAUCUGUUGCCUUUGCUCAAAUGCUAAAAGCAAUCAUGCCAGUCGCUGUUUUCAUUCUUGGGGUAUUAGCAGGACUUGAAGUGAUGAAUACCAGGAUGCUUCUGAUAAUGUCAGUUAUCAGUUUUGGGGUACUCGUAGCAUCUUAUGGAGAAAUAAGUAUCAGUUGGAUUGGUGUUGUUUACCAAAUGGGAGGUGUGGUUGGGGAAGCCCUCAGGCUGAUAUUCAUGGAGAUUUUUGUGAAACGGAAAGGAUUAAAACUAAACCCAAUUUCCAUGAUGUACUAUGUUAGCCCCUGCAGUGCUGUUUGCCUAUUAAUCCCAUGGAUCUUCCUGGAGAUGCCUAAGAUGGAUGCACGGGGGACAUGGAGCUUCAAACAACCUCUUAUUCUCAUACUGAAUUCUCUCUGCACUUUUGCACUCAAUAUUUCAGUUUUUCUCGUCAUUUCACAUACAAGUGCUUUGACCAUUCGCGUGGCUGGUGUUGUCAAGGACUGGGUUGUAGUUCUACUAUCAGCACUCAUUUUUGCUGAUACGACACUGACACCUAUCAAUCUCUUUGGUUAUGCUGUUGCAAUUGCUGGGGUAGCAGCAUACAAUAACCACAAGCUGAAGAAGGAAGCUUCCCGAGUUGCUCCAAACGAGCCUGCUGAAUGAGUCCCCCUAGUUUCAACACCAAACUCGAAUAGGCGAAACGAGGGAGCAUACGGUCCUAACAGAACUCAGGUUUUUGGCACAGCUACGUCCUUCAAUUCUGGAUACAUUUACACGCAACAAAGUAAACGCAGGAUAUCUGUCUAGCUAAACCCCGAUGUUUAAUACAGUGAUCAUUGUAUCAUUUAUUUAUUGUUAUAGUCUCAAAUCAGUUUUUGCAACAUACUGUAAUCUGACCCCAUGUACAGUAGAGAUAUGUACACAUUCAUUUUUGUGCAGAAAGGAUACAACAGCCUUAAAGAAA